CCCGGGCUGGGAACCGCCCGCCGGAGCCCCGGAGCCGAGCGCAGCGGGACAGACGGGCCCAGGCAGGGCGCUGCCGGGGGGCGCCGGGGCAGUGGGGCCGCCCCCCAUGGGAUAAGCAGGAUGCCCGUCCGGCGCGGGCACGUCGCCCCCCAGAACACCUUCCUGGACACCAUCAUCCGCAAGUUCGAGGGGCAGAGCCGGAAGUUCAUCAUCGCCAACGCCCGGGUGGAGAAUUGCGCCGUGAUCUACUGCAACGAUGGCUUCUGCGAGCUGUGCGGCUACACGCGAGCCGAGAUCAUGCAGAAACCCUGCACCUGCGACUUCCUGUACGGGCCCCGCACCCAGCGCAGCGCCGCCACCCAGAUCGCCCAGGCCCUCCUGGGCUCCGAGGAGCGCAAGGUGGAGAUCUGCUUCUACCGCAAGGACGGCAGCUGCUUCGUGUGCCUGGUGGACGUGGUGCCCGUGAAGAGCGAGGACGGGGCCGUGAUCAUGUUCAUCCUCAACUUCGAGCUGGUGCUGGAGAAGGAGCUGCUGGGCUCCCCGGCCAAGGACACCAACCACUGGGUGACUCCCACCAACUGGUUCCCUGCAGGGCGCAGCAAGUCCUUCAAGCUGAAGCUGCCAGCGCUGCUGGCGCUCACGGCUAGCAAGCAGUCGCUGCCCCAGGGGGGCCCGGAUGGCGUCAUCGUGGACGUCUCCAAGCCCAGCAGCGAGUCGGGGGCUCCAGACGACGUCACUUCCUCCCUGGAUAACAGCUGCCUGGGCUCCCAGCUGGAGGAGCGCCAGGCCCUGGUGGAGCUGGAGGCGGGGAGGGGUCCGCCUGGCGAGGCAGGCCUGGAGCCCCCCGUCACCCACUCGUCACCCCGCGCCGACAGGGACCGGCUCCACCUGGACGCCUCCUUCUCCAACUGCAGCCUGUCGCGCAGCCGCUCCCGGGAGAGCUGCCACAGUGUGCGGCGCGCCUCCUCCGUCGAUGACAUCGAGGCCAUGAAGGGUGAGGGCGACCGGCGGGGGCACAACCGCCACGGCAGUACAGGGGCCAUGAACAACCUGCGCAGCAGCCUGCUGAACUCCACCUCGGACUCGGACCUGAUGCGCUACCGCGCCAUCAGCAGGAUCCCGCAGAUCACGCUCAACUUCGUGGAUUUCAAGGCCGAGGCCUUCCUGCCCUCGCCGGCCAGCGAGCGGGAGAUCAUCGCGCCCACCAAGCUGAAGGACCGGACGCACAACGUCACCGAGAAGGUCACCCAGGUCCUGUCCCUCGGGGCCGACGUGCUCCCGGAGUACAAGCUGCAGGCCCCGCGCAUCCACCGAUGGACCAUCCUGCACUACAGCCCCUUCAAGGCGGUGUGGGACUGGCUCAUCCUGCUGCUGGUCAUCUACACGGCCGUCUUCACGCCCUACUCGGCCGCCUUCCUGCUGGGCGAGGAGCCGGAGGACAUCCGGCGCAACUGCAGCUACUGCAGCCCCAUCAACGUGGUGGACCUGCUGGUGGACAUCAUGUUCCUCAUCGACAUCCUCAUCAACUUCCGCACCACCUACGUCAACUCCAACGAGGAGGUGGUGAGCCAGCCGGGCCGCAUCGCCAUCCACUACUUCAAGGGCUGGUUCCUCAUCGACAUGGUGGCCGCCAUCCCCUUCGACCUGCUCGUCUUCGGCUCCGGCUCCGGCUCCGAGGAGACCACCACGCUGAUCGGGCUGCUGAAGACGGCCCGGCUGCUGCGCCUGGUGCGCGUGGCCCGUAAGCUGGAUCGCUACUCGGAGUACGGGGCGGCCGUGCUCUUCCUGCUCAUGUGCACCUUCGCCCUCAUCGCCCACUGGCUGGCCUGCAUCUGGUUCGCCAUCGGCAACGUGGAGCAGCAGCGCAUCGGCUGGCUGCACGCGCUGGGCGAGCAGAUCGGCAAGCCCCUGGGCGCCAACGCCUCGCUGCCGGGCCCGAGCACCAAGGACAAGUACGUCACCGCGCUGUACUUCACCUUCAGCAGCCUGACCAGCGUGGGCUUCGGCAACGUCUCCCCCAACACCAACGCCGAGAAGAUCUUCUCCAUCUGCGUCAUGCUCAUCGGCUCCCUGAUGUACGCCAGCAUCUUCGGGAACGUCUCGGCCAUCAUCCAGCGCCUCUACUCGGGCACCGCCCGCUACCACACCCAGAUGCUGCGGGUCCGCGAGUUCAUCCGCUUCCACCAGAUCCCCAACCCGCUGCGCCAGCGCCUGGAGGAGUAUUUCCAGCACGCCUGGUCCUACACCAACGGCAUCGACAUGAACGCGGUGCUGAAGGGCUUCCCCGAGUGCCUGCAGGCCGACAUCUGCCUGCACCUCAACCGCAGCCUGCUGCAGAGCUGCCGGCCCUUCCAGGGCGCCAGCCAGGGCUGCCUGCGCGCCCUGGCCAUGAAGUUCAAGACCACGCACGCCCCGCCCGGCGACACGCUGGUGCACGCUGGCGACGUGCUCACCGCGCUCUACUUCAUCUCCCGCGGCUCCAUCGAGAUCCUGCGCCGCGACAGGGUGGUGGCCCUCCUGGGGGAGGGGGCGGGGAAGAACGACAUCUUCGGGGAGCCACUGAACCUGUACGCGCGGCCGGGCAAGUCCAACGCGGACGUGCGGGCUCUGACCUACUGCGACCUUCACAAGAUCCAGCGGGAGGAGCUGCUGGAGGUGCUGGACAUGUACCCCGAGUUCUCCGACCGCUUCUGGGCCAGCCUGGAGAUUACCUUCAACCUGCGGGACACCAACAUGAUCCCUGGCUCCCCCGGCAGCACCGAGCUGGAUGGCGGCUUCAACCGGCUGCGGCGCCGCAAACUGUCCUUCCGCCGGCGCACGGACAAGGACCCGGAGAAUGCCGGGGAGCUGAGGAGCAGCCAGAAGCCGCUGAGGACGGGUCGGACCCACCAGGCGCCGGGGGUCCCGGGGGAUCAGCCCGACUGGGAGCCCUCCAGCUCACCCUCCAGCGACGAGGGCGAGCGCCCCGCACCCCUCACCCGCGCCAGCCAGCUGUCCCCCCUCCGCGCCAACGGGGAGCUGCUGAUCCAGGGCGACGGGCAGCCCAAGGGCAGCGAGACGGGCAGCCCCCUCUCAGGCGCCUUCUCGGGGGUGUCCAACAUCUUCAGCUUCUGGGGCGAGAGCCGGGGGCGGCAGUACCAGGAGCUGCCCCACUGCACUGUCCCGGCCCACGCCGGCCUCAGCACGGCCCUGCCCCCCCGGGCCCGCCAGCCCCACGCCGAGCUGCAGAGCCGGCUGGACCAGCUGCAGCAGCAGCUCAACAGGCUGGAGACCCGCAUGGCCGCCGACGUGGGCGCCAUCAUGCAGCUGCUGCAGCGGCAGGUCGGGCUGGUGCCGCCGGCCUAUAGCACCGUGUCGUCGCCGCUCCCCGGGCCGCCCGUCCUGCCCAUCCCCCCCCUCCAGCCCUGCCCCCAGGUUCCCAGUUACCCGGCGCCGUUCCCGUCCCCGCAGCUGCCCAGCCCAGUGCUGCCCUGCGAGCCGCCCCCCCCCGCGGAGGUGGUGCUGCUGGUGGAGCCGUCGCCCACGCCCCCCCGGCGCCGCUCCCUCCCCGGACAGCUGGCCCAGACGCCGGACUCAGAGACCCUACAGAGACACUGCUCCGACCCAGGCAGUUAAUCGGCAGGACGGGGACGGGGACGGGGCGCGGAGCCCUGCGCAGGGGGACCAGGGCCUCAGGGCCGCCGCCCCCUCCCCGCCCCCAGGGACAACAGUGCCGCCGGGCUGAGGGCCUGGCCACACGCUAGCCAGGCGGGACCCACGGCCGAGCCCACGCUGCCAGGACGUUAGCCGGCCUAACGGAUCCGGGACGGGACCCGCGCGCCCUGCGCUGCCCAGAGACUGGUACGAAGAAACAGGCUGGCCGGGGAUGGACCCACAGCCCGGGCCCCGGGAAUUACCACGGGGCGGGGCCGACAGCGCAGCCCCCGCGGCCAGGGCUGGCCCCCGUGGGUGCCAGGCGGGCGGGGCCAAAAGGGGUGAGCACGCUGGGGGCCCAGGUCUCACCUGCCUGGCUGCCCCGUGGGUGCCCUGAUAUGAGCACGCGUGUGCGCCGCUGGCGGGGGGGGGGGGGAAUGUGUGGGUGGGUGCGUGCCUGUGUUCUGUGUGUGUGUGUGUGUGCGUGUGUGCGCGUGGCUG